UGGAGGCUUUGGAAUCAGACCUCAGAUUAUAUUCCAGUUAUGCCACCUUAUAGCUAGAUGGCCUGGGAAAUCAGGUUGUCUCAUUUGUAAAAUGGCAAUAAAUGUUGUGAUGAUUAAAACAGAUAGUUUGUAACGUGCUAAGUACAGCACCUGGUUUACAAUAGGUGCUAGUUAGGCAACUUUUAAUCUCUGUUUACAUAUACAGAAAGUGUAAUAGGAAAAAUUGAGAGAUAAAGAUGUACAAAGGAAGAAACGGAAGGGAGGAUGAAGGGAAGGAGGAAAGAAAAAUGGAAGAAAGAAUGGUUUGGCUUUCUGGCUUAGGGAAAAUAUGGUUUUGUUUUGUUUCUCACUGGGGUGAAUUUAAAUAAAACAACUAAAUUGUUUAAGGAAAAAUGAAAUUAGAAUUUAUAUUUUAUCCCAGGAAGGGCAGUUGGGAGUAAAAUUAGCUUUCAUACAUCUGUCAUUUAAGGUACUUUCCAAAAAAUGCUCCUUCUUGCCAGUGAAGGCCAAAGACCAGUCAAUAUAUAUGAGUUAUCAUUUCUCAGGCCAAGGUACAUAUAGUUUUGUGGCAAUAGCCUCUUACUAGGAGAUUAGAAAUGCAAAGUAGUAGCUAAUAAUAGAAAUGUGUAACCAGUUUCUGUGGUCUUCUUUGGAAAAUAAACUUUUCUCAAAUCAUUUGAUGAACAGUUUUUCCUAGUAUUUGCAGUAGACUUUAAAUUCCAUCUCCACACAAGUUUCCAUUUAGCAACCAAUUUGUUCCUGAGAAGCGUGUUUUGCAUCAAUGCAGUAUUACAUUAUGGUCUUGGGUCAAUUUUGGUAAAACAGAGAGUUUCUAAAUAUAUUUUGGAGCUAAGAAAUCAAGACUGGUCUGUCGGAUUUCCUGCAAGACAGGUACAUUCAGGUCUUGGAGAAAUUGUUUAAAGAGAAUAUUAUUAUAUUUUUAAUCUGACUUUAUUUUUGAUACCCGUAAGUACUGUGUUUCCAAUGGGUAACAUUUUUGAGCUGCUUUUCUAAACUUAAUUAGCUUCCCUUCUUGGCUGCAAGGUUAUGCUCUUUUUGAGAAAUAGUUAUUAAUUUAAACUUUGAGCUUAGUACAAUGAUAAUAUUUCAAUUUUUUGUAUGAGAAACUUUAUCUGCCCUCUAACACCUGAACAUUAAAUUCUUAUUUUCAUUCCUGAAGUUCCUAGUUUAUCUCUUGCUCUUUGGGUCACAUUAUAACAAAGUGAAUUAAAUGGAAGAAGCAAAUCAGUCUGUGGUGUCAGAGUUUAUUUUUAGUGGACUUUGUAAUUCAAGGGAGCUCCAAAGCUUCCUCCUACUGCCGUUUUCUAUGCUCUACCUGAUGACUGUUGUAGGCAACCUCCUCGUUGUGCUCUUGAUCAUCUCUGAUCCUCAUCUCCAUUCCCCCAUGUACUUCCUCUUGGCCAAUCUUUCAUUUGUUGACUUCUGCCUUUCCUCAGUCACCACCCCUAAACUAACCACAGACUUCCUAAAGGAUAACAAGACCAUCUCCUUUAGAGGCUGUAUGAGCCAGAUUCUCUGUGUGCACUUCUUUGGAGGUGGUGAGAUGGUGCUGCUUGUGACAAUGGCCUAUGACCGUUAUGUGGCCAUCUGCAAGCCACUCCAUUACUCCAGCAUCAUGGACAGAGAAAAAUGCCUCUGGCUAGUUUUGAUAUCAUGGAUCAUUGGCUUUGUGCAUGCCAUGAGUCAAAUGGCAACGAUUCUGGAACUGCCAUUCUGUGGACCCAGAGUAGUGGACAGCUUUUUCUGUGAUAUCCCUUUGGUGAUCAAACUAGCCUGCAUGGAUACACAUACUCUGGGAACAUUGAUAAACACUGACAGUGGGGUCUUGGCAACAACCUGUUUCAUUCUCUUGCUGAUAUCCUACACCUAUAUCCUAUUAACUGUUCGCCUUCGCACUAAGGAUGGGCCAUCAAAGGCACUCUCUACCUGUGUUUCCCACAUCAUAGUGGUGGUGUUGUUCUUUGGACCCUGCAUCUUCAUCUAUCUGUGGCCACUCAGCACCACUUGGGUGGACAAGUUUCUUGCUGUGUUUUACACAGUCAUCACGCCUCUCCUGAAUCCAGCCAUUUACACACUGAGAAAUAAAGAGAUUAAAAAUGCUGUAAAGAGACUGAUAAGUCACCAUAUGAAUUCAAGGGAUAAUUUUUAG